CGCAGCAACGGAGUCAGAAAGGUAGAGGCUGUUCGGAGCUCGCGAGCGGCGAAGCUGACGGCCGUUAAACCAGUUUGUUCUGAAGCGUGACGUGCACGCACACACACCUACACACACACUCACUCUCCUACCUCUGUGUUUAUGCUUUGGAGGAGAUUCGUGUAUCAAACGUAGCCGAGGACGACCCGGAGAAGGCGAGGAUGUUGGUCCCGGCGGGGAGAUAAUGAAGUGGGUUUACCUCAGUGUAGCUCUCCUGUGCUGGUCCCUCCGUCGUCAUGUCUGGUGUUCAGAGCAGUCCUCUCCAGGUUCGGGUCUCGCUGCACGGGAUGGCGGCCCUCAGACGGCAGUGGAGGCGAGGGCUCACGAGAAGGUCGAGGAGGAGCGAGCCGCGCUGCUGCUGUCCAGUGUCGGGGCAGAGAUGGAAGAGCAGCCGUCAGCAGACGUCCCGGACGAAUCCCGACAUGCGCAGACUGUGAACGUUGUAGAGGAGCUGUUGGAAAGCAUUCAUACAGAGUCAGGGCAACCCGUCUCUGAACCAGAGCCCCAUCCUGACCCGGAACAGCUAGCGCUCGACCCCGCACAAACCCAGGCUCCGCCUCUGCUCCAGACAGAGGCGGAGAUUCUCCAGGCCAUGCCUUCCCUGGACAAGGUGGAGUCUGCUGCUCUUACUGCCCCUUCCACUGAACUCCGCGAUGAGCCACAGUCAGACCCCAACGUCGACGCCACCGUCAUGGCCGAGCCUGACUCCGCCCCUGACUCAGCUCCACACCCUGCCCCAGGCCCAGCCUCAGCUACCUCAGACACCGCGACUGAUGGCCCCUCCAGUGCAUUAGAGAUUGCCAGUCCUGGUGCCCCACUAAAGAACUCUAGUGCCAGUCAGUGUGAGCUGGGCUCCGUGGCCCUCUCCAGUCAGGCCCUUGCCCCUGGCGCCGCCCUCAGCAGUGUGGAGGUGGAACCAGUGGAUACUCAGGUCACAGGGACCAGUGCUGACCUGAUCACCUCUCCGGACUCACCUGAGCUGGACCUCAUGGAGCUGGAGCAGACAGUCAACACCUCACACCCCACAGAAGACCAGCAGGCAGCUGACUCUGAAGCAGGGACGGACCCCCCUGUCCCCAGCAAAGAGGACAUCCCCACCUUUGACGAGUGGAAGAAGAAAGUGAUGGAGGUGGAGGAGAAGAAAAGUCAGUCUCUGCACUCCUCGUCCAACGGCAGCCCCCAGCCAGGCAAGAAGAUUCAGAAGAACUUUAAGAAUAACUACGCAUCAGUGGAGUGUGGGGCCAAAAUCCUCGCAGCCAAUAAUGAAGCCAAGAGCACUCCUGCCAUUCUAAUGGAGAAUAUGGAUCUGUACAUGUUGAACCCCUGCAGUAAUAAGAUCUGGUUCGUCAUUGAGCUCUGUGAGCCAAUCCAGGUGAAGCAGCUUGACAUUGCGAACUUUGAACUCUUCUCCUCCACACCAAAAGACUUUCUGGUGUCCAUAAGUGACAGGUACCCAACCAGCAAAUGGAUCAAGCUAGGCACAUUCCAUGCGCGGGACGAGCGCACAGUGCAGAGCUUCCCUCUGGACGAGCAGCUCUAUGCCAAAUACGUCAAGAUGUUCAUCAAGUACAUGAAGGUUGAGCUGCUCUCUCAUUUCGGAUCCGAACAUUUCUGCCCCCUCAGCCUCAUCAGGGUGUUUGGUACCAGUAUGGUGGAGGAGUAUGAUGAGAUCGCAGACUCCCAGUACCCCUCAGAGAGGGUCGAGUACCUGGAUGAGGACUACGAUUACCCCCGGGGCUACCUUCCCACCGAGGACAAGCCAUCGAAGAACCUCCUGGGCUCUGCCACAAAUGCCAUCCUCACUAUGGUCAACAACAUUGCUGCAAAUGUCCUGGGUGGAAAACCAGAGCUUGAGGAUGGAGCACAGAUGAAUGGGAAUAUGUCUUCAGGGACAGAAAAUGGCACAGGUCUAUCGACAGAGACCAUAUUCACACCAACACCCACCCCCACAGAGCAGCAAGCAAUUAUGCACACUUCAGAGCUGGAUCCCACUCUUGUAAAACCCGAUCCAGAAGUCCCCAUUUCCGAGUCCCCGUCAGCGCCGGCCCCCGAGGAGAACCGCGUUGUUAUCCUCAUUGAGGAAGAGGAGGAGCCAGCCACGCCCACGGUGACACUGUUGGAGGGAGAUGACGAAGAGGAUAGGAGGAGGGAGGAGGCAUGGAAGAGAGAGCAUGGAGUCUAUUGUGGCCACCUGUCUACCCUGUCAUGUCUGGCCAGCCUUCACGAGCACCUCCACCUCUACUGCUCGGCCGCCCUCGCCCUGCAGAGAGACCGCCAGAGCCACGGCCACACAUGCACCCGCCUGCAAACGCCACUACACAGACCCUACCCUGUGCCCACCCCCACCCAGACGCCCUCCCCACCCUCCGAGAACCUUCCAGAAGAGGAGGAACCGGCACAACCGCAGGAUGAGGGGCUCAGCCCUACCGACUUGACCCCUGCACCUGCACGACCCGUGGAGUCUGGGGCGGAGCCUGUCCCUGACACCGUCGUCCUGGAGCCCAGCCACACCUCUCCUCUUCCACCUCCCAGCUUCUCCGACAUCUCUACACCCACUCCUGUUGUAGACAUUCCAGAAACCCUCCCUACGGGCGAGCCCCAGAAUGGCCAGGCCCCGUACCUGGAACACGUCCAUGAGAUGGCCACUACUCCCCACGGCAGCAUCAGUGACUGCCUCAGCCCCACCCCCACCGCCUCCGUCCUUGUUCCUACCUCCGAGCUUCCAGAACCUGAGACGAACCCCCCAAUGUCUGAGCCUCCCGCACCCACCAUAGAACAGCCACUGCAGCCUCUUCCCACGCACACCCAGCCCACCGACAUCCCACCCCCAACCGAGCUCCCUAUGCCCAGCCCCGAGGCUUCAGAACCUGACCGAGCUACAGGGCCGGAGGACCUUCAGCAGAUGGUUGACUCGUCCCAGGAGGAGCCGGUGGAGGACCUACUGCUCAGCGUGGCGGCCGGUCAGGGCGGACAGCAGCGCGCCGCUACCGACUUCUAUGCUGAGCUACAGAACGCGUCCGAGCCGAGCCAUGGCAAUGGUAACCAGGUGCACGGCUCCAACCAGAAGGAGUCUGUCUUCAUGAGGCUAAACAACAGGAUCAAAGCCCUGGAGAUGAACAUGUCUCUCAGCAGCAGAUACCUGGAGGAGCUUAGCCAGAGGUACCGAAAACAAAUGGAAGAGAUGCAGAGAGCCUUUAAUAAGACCAUCAUUAAACUGCAGAACACUUCCAGGAUUGCAGAAGAGCAGGAUCAGAAGCAGACUGAGUCCAUCCAGAUGUUACAGAGCCAGCUUGAGAACAUCACCAAGCUCAUGCUUAACCUGUCUGCUACUGUGAGCCAGUUACAGAAAGAGGUGUCAGACAGGCAGAGUUAUCUGGUGGUGUCUCUGCUGCUCUGUCUGCUGCUGGGUCUAGUUCUGUGCGUGCAGUGCUGUCGUGGCUCCCCAAGUCACAGCCAGAGCACAGCUGUCCCUGUGAGCAACCACUACCCCAGCCCAAAGAGAUGUUUCUCAUCGUAUGAUGACACAAGGCUGAAGCGCAGAGUUUCGUGUCCUCUCGUUCACGCCACAUCUUUUCAGCUGCCUACAUCAGAAGUAGGUCCUGAUGACUUGUACAUUGUAGAACCUCUAAGGUUUUCUCCAGAGAAAAAGAAAAAGCGCUGCAAAAUGAAAGGCGUGGAGAAGGCGGAGAACCCGAGGGCUGCCGGCGCCUCGGUGACUGUCACUAAAGGUGGCCUGAAAAGCAACGGCCUCCACGCAGAUCACUUCCUGCCGUCGGCACGUGACAGAAACGUGUCUGCCUGCUCAUCCAGAGGGGGCAUGUCUGAGGGUGGCUCGGAAGGCUCCUCGUCUUCCUCCUCUUCAUCCACUUCAUCCACGGCGUCAGAUGAGUCCUGCUGUAGUGCCUCUUCUGCUGCUGGGCACGAGAGCGUCGGCAGCCAGCCGCUCCAGCCUACCACAAACCGGACAGAAAAGAGGUCAUUGAAGCGACGUCGGUCCAAGAUGACCGAGCAGGGGCCGGGCCCGCCCCAGCCGCACGGGCGCUGCAGGAUGGGCCUCCUGCGCAGCCCCAUUCCCGUGACAACGGCCGUCAUGCCAGCGCUUCAGCUGAUGAAGGGGAAACAGGACCUCGGUGUGGGGACAUUUGGGGUGGCGGCGGUCACUGGCCGUGUCUGAGUUUGAAGCGAAUGCCUCCUUCAGCACCGCCUCCCACCAAAAUCUAUUCAGUGCGGCAAAGUUACUGAAUCACUCCCUCACCAGGUCACCACCUCCACAUCAGAUAGGGGGAAUGGAUGGUCUUAGACGUGUAGUGUAUCUCUCUCUCUCGCUCUCUCAUUUAGAUCUAGAAUCUGCCACAAUGCUCAAGCACAGAAUGGAACUUGUACUCCCUGGCAACGACCCCCACCCAAAACACCAUUACCCUCUCAUUCUGAGAUCCUC